AAAAAUUCUGCCAAAUUGAAAUCUCGAGCUCUCACAGGACCGAAGUCUCACAUCUGCUUGCUAGGGUUCGAUUGAUAACACGCAAGAUAACAAAUCUAGACAGCAAAAUUGAGCCUUUCUUGUGGCUUCGAAGAAAUCAUGGCUAGCGGAGCUGAAGGUGGCAAGGCGCCUAUAAAUGAGCAAGUAGUUGCAAACAUGUACACCACAAUGAGAUCUGAAAUGAAUCAAAUAUACUCAAAGAUCACUGAACUGGAGAUGGAAGUGAGUGAGCACUCAUUGGUCAUCAAUGCUAUCCAGCCGCUUGAUCCUUCCAGACGGUGCUACCGGAUGAUUGGGGGAGUCCUGGUUGAGAGAACCAUCAAAGAAGUGCUUCCUGCUGUCCAGCGCAACAAAGAGGGGAUCGAGGAGGUGAUUACCAGGCUCAAUGAGGCCUUACAGAGGAAGAAAAAGGAAAUUACUGAUUUUGAGGCCAAAUACAAGAUUAGGAUUACAAGGUCCGAUGAUGAGGUGAAAGGUGAGGGUGCCCGGAAAGAAGGUUCCGCGCAAGGAGUCCUUGUAGGUCCAGCAGCUUCAAUUGAAUGAUGAGUUCUUUAUUUCUUUUGCCUCUUGGAUUAAAUUCCCAUCUGCUAUUCUGCUCUGCGUAUGGUAUGGCUUGUAAUUGGAUGUUUGGUUUAGCAGCAGAAGCAGAUUAUAAGCUAAAAUUGCUAGAUGUGAUUUUAUGUUUACUCUUUCUUGUACCAACUGGAAUGUGGGUUUGCCCUACUACUAAAUGAGGCUUUCUCCUCAGCUCUAA